AUGGACUCAACUGACCUACAAAAGAAAGUUGGCCAGCUGUUCGCAGUGGGGUUUCAUGGUCACGAACCAAGCCCAGAAAUCAAGACUCUGAUUCAUGAAUACCAUGCCUUAACCUUGGCGCUUCAAAAUGAAGCACGACAAGCUGGGCAUGAACGGCCUCUACUCAUCGGUAUUGACCAAGAGAAUGGAUUGGUUACUCGAAUCUCUCCGUCAAUUGCCGCCCAAGUCCCAGGGCCGAUGGCUCUUGGAGCUACUCAUGACCCCGCCCUGGCCUUGCAAGCAGGGAAUAUCACGGGUGAGACGCUGCAUUUCUUCGGGAUCAAUAUGAAUUAUGCGCCUGUUUGUGAUAUUAAUUCAGAGCCGCUGAACCCUGUGAUUGGCGUUCGUAGCCCUGGUGAUGACCCAGAGUUUGUGGGUCGAUUUGCCAGUGCAACAGCGCAAGGUCUUCGGGAAAAGGGAAUUGUUCCCAGCGUGAAGCAUUUCCCUGGGCAUGGUGACACUGCCACUGACUCGCAUUAUGGACUACCAGUUAUCCCAAAGACACGCGAUGAACUAGAGCGAUGCGAAUUGAUACCAUUUCGAAGGGCAGUCGCUGAAGAUAUUGAGACAGUCAUGACUGCCCACAUCUCUCUACCUAGCAUUGAUGACAAGCUCCCCGCAACGCUGUCCCCGAAGGUUCUUGGAAUAUUGCGAAAGGACAUGAACUAUGAUGGAAUGAUUGUUACUGAUUGCCUUGAAAUGGAUGGGAUUCGGGCUACUAUUGGCACCGAGAAAGGCUCCGUCCUUGCUCUCCAGGCUGGAAGUGACAGCAUCAUGCUGUGUCACACAUUUGAUGUGCAAGCGGCUUCUAUUAAGAAAGUUUGCGAGGCUGUUCAAUCCGGUGAACUUGGAGAAGAUCGGCUGGAUGAGGCCUGUCGCCGCGUUUCCGAGGUCAAAGACAGAUUCUUGAAUUGGGACACUGCUUUGCUUCACAGAGAUCUUACAGAGCUUGAGAAAUUGAGCAAAACAGCCUCGCCGAUGUGCAACGAGAUCUAUGAACGCUCUGUCAGCCUUGUUCGUGACAACACUAGCUCUCUUCCUUUGUCGAAAACAGCUACAAUCGUGCUGCUUUUUCCAGGUAGUACUAUCCCCGUGGGAGGUGCUGUCGAUGGCGAAGGGAUGGGGCGACAAGGCGCAUACAAAGCUUCCCCAUAUCUUGAGAUACUUCGACGCCACAACCCGUCUGUCACAGAAAUCAGAUAUAAAGAUGAAGGGCUAUCUGAACAAGAAUUGGUGGACGUCGAGGCUGCGGAUGCGGUCAUAUUUAUCUCAAUAAAUGGAGCUGAGGCGCCUUAUCAGCAAAAGCUUGGCAAUGAGCUUCCUCAGUAUGCUCGAUCAUUGGUGGCUAUUGCUGCUUGUAGUCCAUAUGACUUUCUUGAGACUCCUGAGAUCCAAACAUAUCUCACAACAUAUGAACCAACUAUCGAAGCCUUCACGGCCGCUGCGGCAAUUAUCUUUGGUCAGAAGAAACCACAAGGCUCACUUCCCGUCAGCACCAGUACGACAAAAACACGCAAUGCGACAAUAACCCCAUUCAAUGAAAAUGAUUCAGAUGAAGCUGUGGCCUUAUGGAACGCAGUAUUUCCAACCUAUCGUCUUCCCGAUGAGGACUUGCAUGAUCUGAUAAAUGUGAAAAACGCACAUCACUUUGUUGCUAGGGAUGGCUCAGAGCUUGUUGGUAUCUGUCUUGCUUAUAUCAACGCUUUCGGCCCACCGUCUACAGUGCAUAUUGCAGCUCUAGCUGUAGCUUCUCAGCAUCAAGGGCGGGGAAUUGGAACAUCUCUCUUGAUGGAAACCCGCUCGCACUUCCGAACCCAGUUCGGCAUCAAUGACAUUAAUCUCGGUAGUUCGUUCCCUCGAUUCUGGCCCGGAAUUCCCCGUGAGUUUGAUGAAGCGGUUCAGAACUUCUUCAUUCAUCGUGGCUUUCGUCUCAGUCCCCCAGAGUCCAGAUCAGUCGACCUGUACCAAGAUAUUCGGAAUUUUCAAGCCCCUGAGAAGUAUGUGACUCGCGCCAAAGACCGUGGUUUCCGCUUUGCUCCUCUGCAACCUGAAGAUUACGAAGCCUGUCUAGUUGGUCAAAGAAAGAACUUCUCUGAUAAAGCGGGCUGGGUUGAAGCAUACGUUAAGUUGCAUCCCAGCGAGUAUCCAGAUUGUGUGAUGACCGCCUUUGAUUCACAAGGCCAGCAAGUUGCAUGGACGUUAAUGUUACCUCCAUCCUCUGAAUUAAACAAUGUAUGGGCAUUCCCGCAAAUAUCUGGUCCAAAUGCAGGCCUGAUUGGCUGCGUUGGCGUUGAUGCCGAUCAUCGGAGCUCUGGUAUCGGGUUGGCGCUCAUCUGCCAUGCGGUCGAGAAUAUGAAGCAGCGCGGAAUUGAGGGCGUCUUUGUGGAUUGGGUCGCUCUUGAUGGGUGGUAUGAACAAGUCGGUUUCAAGGUUUGGCGCAGUUAUCGACCAGGCAAGAUUUGA